AUGGCAGCCAAAGACAGUUUUACUGAUAAGAAGCGCAAGGCGUCUUCGCGCAAUGAGAAGCCUGAUGCCAAGGUCAAGAAAGCCCGUGUCGACAAGAAGACCGCACCCAAGCCGCCUGUCGACGAGGACAGUUUCGAGGACUUUUCCGAUCCCGAGGACGGUGGUGUGAAGCUCAAUGACGGAGAGUCGAAACCCAAGAAUAAAGGGGGAAAUGCGUUUGAGAAGGAAUCCGGACAGACUUCCCGUGAAGCACAUGCCAAGCAGAAGCAGCUGGCGCAGGAGCGCAAGGCAGCCAAGCCGCUGGCCGAGCAGGUGCAGCGAACCAAGAAGAUCUGGGAGAGGCUCCGCAUCAAGUCGAGCGUACCCAAGGACGAGAGGCAGAAGCUGGUGGACGAGCUCUUCGACAUCAUCACGGGGCGGAUGCGCGACUUCGUCCUCAAGCACGACGCCACGCGCGCGGUGCAGACGGCCAUCAAGUACGCGACGCCGGAGCGGCGGAAGCAGAUUGCGCGCGAGCUUCAGGGGGCGUACCCGCAGCUGGCCGAGAGCCGGUACGCCAAGUUCCUGAUUGGAAAGCUCAUGGUGCACGACGACCACGAGAUCCGCGACAUCAUCAUCCCCGAGUUCUACGGCAAGGUGCGCAAGCUCAUCAACCACCCGGAGGCGUCGUGGAUCGUCGACGACAUCUACCGGACGGUGGCGACCAAGGAGCAGAAGGCGCUGAUGCUGCGCGAGUGGUACGGGCCCGAGUUCGCCAUCCGCGAGAUGAUGAAGGACUCGGAGCCGACCGCGGACCUGGCCAGGAUCCUCGAGACCGAGCCUAGCAAGCGCGGCCCCAUCAUGAAGUCCCUGUUCGACAUGAUCAACUCCCUGGUCCAGAAGAAGAUGACGGGCUUCACCAUGCUGCACGACGCCAUGCUGCAGUACUUUAGGAAUAACCAGCCCGGCACCGAGGAGUUUGCCGAGUUUGCCGAGGUCGUCAAGGGCGACGAGACGGGCGACCUGCUCAAGAACCUGGCCUUCACCGCGUCGGGCGCCCGCCUCGUCUGCCUGCUUCUGGCCCACGGCUCCGCCAAGGACCGCAAGCAGAUCCUCAAGGCCUACAAGGACACGGUCCACAUGAUGUCGGGCGACGCCUACGCCCACACCGUCAUCCUCACGGCCUACGACGUCGUCGACGACACCAAGCUCACGGCCAAGUCCGUCUUCCCCGAGAUCCUGGGCGAGGGCGGCGAGUCACCCGUGGCGCAGAACCUGGUGGCGCUGGCCCACAACCCCUUUGCCCGCCUGACGGUCCUGUACCUGCUCGAGGGCCUGUCCAAGUCCCUGUUCCCGGCCCCGACGGCCUACAACGUCGAGCUGCUGAACGAGGUGCGCGAGAUCCGCAAGACGACCAGCAAGAAGGACGCCGACGUGCGCCGGAUGGAGCUGGUGACGGUCCUGUCCCCGCACCUCCUGGAGACGGUGGCCACGUCGCCGCGGGAGCUGACCUCGACCUCGUUCGGCUGCCAGUUCAUUGCCGACGUGCUCUUCUCGUGCGUGGGCGACAAGCAGGCCGCUCUCGAGGCCGUGGCCGACGCCGCCGGGGGCGACCCGACCGCCGAGGCCUCGGCUGCCGGGGAGGACUCGGCGCCGUACGUGCACAUGGCCCAGACCGCCUCGGGCAGCCGCAUGCUCAAGUCGCUCAUCCAGGGCGGCCGCUUCGACAAGGCCGCCGGCAAGGUCAUCCCCGCCGACCCCCCGCUCAACUUCGCCAACGUGCUGUACCCCGUCAUCGAGGAGUACGUGGUGCAGUGGGCCACCGGUCCCGGGUCGUUCGUCAUCGUCGGCCUCGCCGAGGCGUCUGACUUUGACGCCGCUGCCAAGCUCACCAAGACGCUCAAGAAGAACAAGAAACUGCUCGAGAAGGCCGCCACCGAGCCCACGGCUGAUCAGAAGCAGACUGCAUCCAAGGACGAAGCCGCGGCCCAGAAGUCGUCCGACAACAGCAAGAAGGGAAAGAAGAAGGGUGAGAAGUCGGUGGGUAACAUGGGAAGCAAGAUCUUGCUGGAAAAGAUAUAA